UGGCAUAAAGUCCGUUCGGUUGGCGUAAGAAGAAUGGCGACUGAUUGUAUACAUGAGCGAAAAGAAAGAACGCCAACUUUCGAAGAUCGUAUCGUUGAAAGAAAUACAUCGAAUCCUAACGUUACGCCCCUCAGUGGAUAAAAAGUAACAAUAAUUAUCAGAAAUUGAACAGUUUGGACAGGUGGGUAUCGAUUUUAAAGGGACCCGGUAAGCGAUAGAGCAGCAUAAUUUUUAAGUAGAAGAAAAAAAAAAAUCAAAACGGAGAAGUAAUUUGCACAAUAUGUCAGACGAUAGUAAACAAUCGGAGACAAUGAAAGGAGAAGACCAGGAACAAGAAGAAGCUAAUCUAAGGAAAGCUGAAAAAGAAGAAGAAGCAAAGCUGAAGGCAAAGUAUCCUCAAGUAUUAAGGCCUGGAGGAUCUUCCUUUUUGCAAAAAAGACUUCAUAAAGGACAGAAAUACUUUGAUUCUGGAGAUUACAACAUGGCUAAAGCAAAAGGUCAGAAGACACGUACUCCAUUAUCAGCCAUGGCCCAACAACCAACAGGAGAAGCUAUUCCUACUCCAGACAGUUUGCCAACUAGGAAAACAUCACUUGUACAGAGUAAACUCGCAACUGGUUUAUCAUAAAUUUAAUGUCAUUAAAAGCAGCUCCCCAAAUUGGUGGAAAUUUUUCUCUUCCCAAUUCAAAGACUAUUUAGGACCCGUAAAUAUUGAUAACAAUAUGAAAUAUGAUGAUGUAUGUUAUCCAUUGCUUGUAUAUCAAAGAGACUUUUAUUAAGGGUGAAAUAUUCUAGCAUUGAUUUCCCAAUGUUAUUUUAGUGAAUAUGCCCUUAGGGAGAACAUGGUUCUUCAAUUUGUGCACGUAUAAUUGUGUGUGUAAAAGUCAUGACAGCCUUUAUCCUGUUAAUCAGAAUGUGUCUGUGAUAGUAUUGAACAAGCAGAAAGAUAUACACAGAACCAUGGAAAGCACUUUUCUCUGAAUUAUGCCAAAUUUCCUAUCUGAAACUUAGAAUUGUUAUGAUUAAACAUUAGAAAAUUGCUAGAUUCAUAUUAAUGGUUUAAAAAUAAUAGCUGUUAAUGACUUUCACAAUUGUUAGAAAACAUGUUCCACUACCUUUGCUAUCUUUACUAAUACAUAUUUAAUUUUUGAUAUUUGUGUGAGUAUUUCAAUAAUUACCUUCCUGUCCUUGAUGCAGUUAAUAGAAAAAAAUUUUUAAAAUUCUGUUUAUGUAUGUGGUACAUUAGAGUUAAGUCUUUGUAUUUCCAGUUAGUUUAUUUUUGGGGAGUCUGGAAUGGGAAAUUUGUGUACUUUGUAAAUAAAGGUCACAGUUUUAAUCUGUGUUAUACUGUGUUGAAAAUUUUGUUUUUAAAUUUAAAAUUUUAGUUUAAAUUCAGUUCAAAUAUACAUAUAAAUGAAAUUAUUUUUAUAAAUCUGUAUAUAACUGUGUAAUUAUAAAAAAGCAGCUCAUUUUCUCUUCAUUGUAAGUUAACAGGCAAAAAAUAUGGCAUUCUACAGAUUAAAUGAUUUCAUUGUUUUGUAAAAUAUAUAAUUAUUAAAUUUAAAGAAGUAAUGUAUUAAUUAUAAUCAAACCUAUUAAAUUAAGACAACUGAACUAGAAAACCAAGAUUUUUCAGGUUAUUUUCUAUUUACGUAGAAACCAGGGAAUUUUUAAAGAAUUCAUAGAACUUUUUACAUGAAAUUGUUUUGAUAAAUGCUUCUUAGUAAAAUUGUUUUAAAUCAUUUAGGAUAUAACCUAGUCUAAUCACUUCACUUUCUCUAAAAAAUAGAAAACAAAUAUUUUAAGUAACUUUGUAAUUAUUAGUUGCUCUAACACAAUGAUUAUGCCAAAGUUGUAUUGUAAAAUUUAAUCAAGUCACUAUAAGUUUUUUAAGUGAAUGUUAAUUUUUACGUAUUAUUUUGCCAAAUAUUUCUAAACCAGAUUUAAAGUAGUUGCUAAAAUAAUUGCAUAAUUCUUAGCAAAUUGUAAAAUUAUUACUUUGGAAUUGAUUUAAAUGGACUAUUAAUAACACGAAUUUCAGAACUUAUUGCUGGAUUUUUUUAAACUUUUCCAGCUUUUAUGAAAAAAAAUUAUAUUAAUCAUAAUAAAUAAAAUUGUGUGUGUUG